GGGGACUUACAAAGUGCUCAAUAAUCAAACCCCCGUGAAGCAGUGAUCAUGGCAAUGAUGACUAAUGCUGCUUUGAAAUAUAAGGACAUCAUCUCAAAAAGUUAUGAGAUCCAUAAAGGAUCUCCUACACUCUACCAACUGAGACCAAAGAAAGAGAAUAUUGGAACUCUGAAAAGAAUGAGUCUCGGUGUAAAAAAUCCCAAAAGGGAAAACAAAACCAUCUUGCUUGUUGGUGAAACAGGAACAGGAAAGUCUACUAUGAUCAACACUCUGGUGAACUUCGCCAUGGGAGUGAAGUGGGAGGAUGAUGUCUGGUUUCAGAUCGUAGAGGACGAGAAGAAAGAGCAAUCACAGAGUCAGACGUCAGAUGUGAUCGUGUACAAGAUCUUUGGACUUGAGGAAAAAACUCUGCCCUACUCUCUAACCAUAAUCGACACUCCUGGAUACGGCGACACAGGAGGAAUUGAACAUGAUGAAAUAGUCAGACAACGGUUAUUUGACUUGUUUCGCUCAGAAGAUGGAGUUCAUGAGAUCGAUGCGGUGGGUCUGGUGCUGAAAGCAGGCGAGAAUCGACUGAGUGACCGACUGUCAUACAUAUUUAAUUCAGUGGUUUCUCUGUUUGGAAAAGAUCUGGAGCAUAACAUUGUUGCCCUCAUCACACACUCACCGGGAGGAACUCCUAAAAAUGCUCUGGAAGCCCUCAAUGCUGCAAACAUUAAGUGUGCCAGAAAUAAUAAGAAUCAGCCUGUUCACUUCCUGUUUAAUAACUGCCAAAACAAAGCCAGGACGGAAGAUGUAGAUGAUCUUCAACAAGCAUAUAACAAAGCUAUGAAAGGAAUGGAGCAGUUCGCAGACUUUCUGCAAAAAACUGCACCUCAAAAGCUGGAGACAACCGUUCAUGUUCUGAAUGAACGAAUUGGACUUACAGCCUGCGUCCAAAACCUGCAGGAGAGAGUCCAGUCUUUGAAAAUCAAACAGAAUGAAAUCCAGCAGACUCAAUUAGGUCUGAAUAAAUACCAAGAAGCAAUGAAGUCUUUUGAAGGGUUCACUAUGGAAGUCGAUCAGCCCUACAAAGUUAAAGAAAAAGUAAAAAGUGGAAAGUGGGGGAUGAUCUUCUUUGAAGGAGCUGUCACCUGCAAAGUCUGUGAGGAAAACUGUCACUUUCCUGGAUGCACCAUGGCCCGCAGUCCUUCAGGCUGUGAGAUUAUGAAAGGUGGCCGCUGCACCUCAUGUACCAACAGGUGCCCUGUAGCAGACCACGUUAAAGAAAACUGGAGGUAUGUGACCAAGACCCGCAGUGUUAAAAUAACUCUGCAAGAUGUAAAAUACAAUUAUGAAAAGAACAAAGCACAGACUAAGAUGAAGAUGAACAUUUUGGAAAGUCUUGAAAAAGAGAUGGAAAACCUUGAAUUACGUAAAACACAAUUCCUGUAUGAGUCCUACGAGCAUGUUAUCAAACUGGAAAAGAUAGCUUUGAAUGUUGCUUCAGUGUCCACGUAUGUCCACCUGGACUUCCUGAUCGAGGAGAUGGAGAAGAAAAGCGACCCCGGGAAGGUCCAGAAGCUUCAAGAGAUGUCAAGUAUAAAAGAUAAAGGAGUUCUCGCAGGGGUUCAGUACCUGUAUCGUGCAUUUCUCGAAAGCAAGUAAAAUGAGAAGAGGCACCGAGGACCAGACUGACGAUACAUCAGACUGGCUCAUACUUAAAUGUUAGACAAUUCUGUAGAUGCCAAUGAAGUGUGACGUCUGUUUGGAUUUUCAUUUUUAAGUUAUUCUGCAUUAUUCUCUGGUUAAACAAACACUGGUGAUCACCUUUACGCCCUUCUAUUAAUGCACACUUUACUGUUUCUUUCCUGAUGAAACGCUGACUUUCUUUCCUUCAAAAAGGAAGCACAGCUUUGACGAAGACGCCCUCCUGGUCUGCACUAGAGAGAGAAAGCUCCUGUUAAGUAUCACUUUUGGGUUGUAAUCGUAGAACAAAUCUUAGUUCCGGAAAUAAUUGUUGGUGGAGAAGUUCACCUUCCUGGGUUAGUUUACCAUGAAUAUUGAUGUGAUCCCCUGCUGCCAGGCUUAA